UUGGCUUUUAAAACUCGGAUAAGUCUAGUAGCCCUUUGUGAAGGUUAUCUUAUCAUUGAAACAGUGGAGUGGAGUGUUUUUUUGUUGGCGGCAUUUGGCACGCGCUUUGUUCGUACAAUCAUAAAGAGUUCUUGUGCUGUUAGUACGAUAACCGUGAUAGGUGUACUUCCUGCUGUGGAAUGGUACGAGUGUCGAGUGUCGAGUGUCGAGUGUCGAGUGUCGAGUGUCGGCGACACGCAACGGGACCGGCUACUGUUAGCCUCCUCGCCGACCUAA